CGGUGCCUGGUUUUUGUUAUUAUCUUUCGAUUAUCCUUUUCUUUUUAAAGUAAUAGUAUUUUAAUAUUCUAUGAUUUUUAAAUUAUUUAAAUUGUAUUUGUAUCCUUAGAUCAUAAUACCUAUAAAUACUAGUAACGCAAUGUUGUAUUUUAAUUUUAUGACAAUAGGUAUCAUGUGCAAGUAAAAUUAAUAUUCGAGUUUUAUUCAGAAAUGACGGACUAGGAUUACAGGACAAUGUUUAAAAUGGCAAGUAUUUCUAUAAUAACAUUAUGUAGGUAUCUGAAGUCACUUUUAAUUUUCAAUGCAGACUACAUUUUGCAAACAGAUGCGAUGGCAUCGGUUAGCGGUAGCAUUGGCAUACUGUCAAACGACAACAGAAAAAUCUGAGAAUAAGAUCGAGUCUCCAGUAGUUGUAGAACUAAAACAAGUACCUGAACAAAUGACACACAAAUAUUUGUUACAGCAAACAUGUGCUUUAUCUGUGAACUCUUCUUGUCAGAUGAUUACAUUAGCCCUGGUUUUACUUUCAGAUGCAUCUCAAAAGUAUAAGUGAGUGACUUUUGUAGAAACAUUAUUGAUUAUUGAUUAUAAUUUAUUUGUAAUACAUAUUUUAUAUCUACGUUAUUGGAAGAAAUGAACUUAUGAAGGUCAUAGACAUAUUGGCUAGUGAUGAAUACCCUGAAAAUGAAUUAGAUAAUGUUCUAAUGGAAUCCCGAUACCAUAUUAAAGAUGCCAAAACGUUUUACUUGGUAAGUAUAUAGUAAAUAUUUUACUUUAAUGUUUUAUUAAAAUGUUUAUAUUUGUACUUCAAUACCUAGUCUAUAUUUAUUGUGUUUAGGAUGCUAUUAGUACUGUGGACACUGCCUUACAACUAGGACAAUCAACCGGUCAAAUGUCCUAUACACUAGCAGCAAAUACUGUUCAUAAUACCGUGUCUGAAAGGCUUUAUUCUGCCGAAAAAGAAGUAUGUUUGAUAAUUUUUUUUUUAUUACAAUGUAUUAAUACAUAAUAUUAUUUUUUUAACCAUAAGUUUCAGUCUUGUAUUGAAGAUAUAAGAAAAAUAGAAGACCAAUUUACUAAACUAUUGGCAAACACUGUGAACAAAUCUAAAAGUUAAAAUAAUUUAUUGUUUUAUUGAAAAAAUAA